GCGCGACGAUCAAGCCGCAACGAACACGCGCUCCGCAGGAACGAUCCAAUUCUUGCACAGUUCUCCAUAUCCAACAAGCCAUCAAGCCCAGCAAUCUGCUGGCUUUCACUCAAUAUGGCGGACGCUAUCUCGAAGGACAUUCCUUUGAACUCGGUGCAGAUUGAAGCACUGGUGGUUAUGAAGAUUGUGAAAGCAUGCUCUGCAACUUUCCCAACAACGGCGACUGGUGCUCUGGUGGGCAUGGAUGUGAACGGCACACUCCAAGUCACCAACUCAUUCCCAUUCCCAACUGCAGAUGUUGCAGCCUCCGAUUCUCACCCCAACGAUCAUAUGGCAGCCUCAAAUAUCGCAGCAGCAGCUCCUCGAUCAAAGGCGAACGGGACAUAUCAGACUGAGAUGAUCAAAUACCUGCGAGAGGUUAAUGUGGACGCGAACGGUGUCGGAUGGUACACGAGCGCGAAUAUGGGAAACUUCAUCAAUCUUGGUUUGAUCGAGAACCAGUUCCACUACCAGAAGGAGAACAAUGAGAAGACGAUCGCUUUGGUACACGACGUCAGCAGAAGUUCGCAGGGUGCUUUGAGCCUGAGAGCCUUCAGAUUGUCCCCGACCUUCAUGGCUGCGUUCAAGGAGAACAAGUUCACCACUGAGAUUAUGCAAAAGUCGAAGCUCACGUAUAAGGAUAUCUUGGUUGAAUUGCCAAUCAUCGUCCACAACUCCCACCUUCUCACCUCCUUCCUCCACCAACUCCCUGCAGAAUUACCAAAGAAGGAUCUCGAAUACCCUUCCAGCUUAUCGGAGUUGACCGCAAACCCACCGCCGGUUCCUCUUUAUCCAAACCUCGAUGCCCUAGAUCUCUCAAUCGACCCGUUCCUCGAACGAACUUGCGAUCAGCUUCUCGAUAGCAUAGAAACUCACUACACCGAACUCAACAACUUCCAGUACUUCCAAAGACAGCUUGCCCGUGAGCAAACCAAGGUUACGGCAUGGAAAACAAAGCGUGCUGCAGAGAAUGCUACUAGAGCUACACAAAAAUUGGCCCCUCUGCCAGAAGAUGAGUGGGAGAGACUUUUCAAGCUGCCAACCGAGCCAAGCAGGUUAGAAGGUAUGCUGAACGCCAAGCAAGUCGAACAAUAUUCGAGACAAGUGGAUGGAUUUACUGCUAGCAUCAGCGGGAAGAUGUUUGCCGUGAAGAGCAAUCUCCUGCCCGAGUCGUCAUGAAGCUCUUGCAAUUUCGAGCAUGUUCUUCAUUUCAUGGGACUAUGAAUGGGAUGGUGCAUCUGGUUGGCGUUCAUGGAGUAUCAUCCAAGUCUUCUGGCCUUCGCAAUGACAGAUAGACCAUAGAUAUGCGCAAUACCCAUUGCCACAUAGCUUGCCCGUGUCUAAUAAAAUUGUAAAGAUAUCUACUUUCCC